GGCGCGCGCUCCGCCCGGGGUCGGGCGUUUAUAGCUCGGCGCUGGCCGGGCCCCCGGCGGCUGCGGUGCGGUGCGCGGGGUCGCGAUGUCGGGGCUGCAGGCGGGUGCAGAGCAGCAGCAGCGGCGCGAGGAGUCGAGCGCGCGGGCCCCGUCGCCCUCUCGCUUCGUGCUAGGACUGGACGUGGGCAGCACGGUGAUCCGCUGCCACGUCUAUGACCGGAUGGCACGGGUGCGAGGCUCCAGCGCGCAGAAGGUGGAGAAUGUGUACCCUCAGCCUGGCUGGGUUGAAAUCGAUCCUGAUACUCUCUGGGUUCAGUUUGUCACCGUAAUAAAAGAUGCUGUCAAAGCUGCAGGAGUACAGAUGAGUCAAAUUGUUGGUCUUGGCAUGUCCACGCAGAGAGCCACUUUCAUUACGUGGAACAAGAAAACAGGACAUCAUUUUCACAACUUCAUUAGUUGGCGAGACCUAAGGGCAGCUGAGCUUGUAAAAUCCUGGAAUAAUUCUCUUGUACUGAAGCUGUUGCACGGAGCCUGCCGAGUCCUUCACUUCUUCAGUAGAAGUAAACUAAUGUCCACAAUCAGUCGCUUCAAUUUCACCACCCAGCAUGUCACCUUGAGAUUGGUCUGGAUUCUACAAAACCUGUCUGAGGUGCAGAAGGCGGCUGAGGAAGACAACUGCUGCUUCGGGACCAUUGACACUUGGCUGUUACACAAGCUCACAAAAGGUUCUUCGUAUGCCACGGAUUAUUCAAAUGCCAGUACAACUGGAUUUUUUGAUCCAUUUGGGAUGUGUUGGAGCAAGCUCAUGGCCUCCAUAGUUUCCAUACCGCUCUCUAUCCUGCCUCCUGUGAAGGACACAAGCCAUAAUUUUGGAUCAGUGGAUGAAGAGAUAUUUGGUGUGCCUAUACCAGUUGUUGCCUUGGUUGGUGACCAGCAGUCGGCCAUGUUUGGAGAGUGCUGCUUCCAGACAGGAGAUGUGAAGUUAACCAUGGGAACCGGGACAUUUUUGGAUAUUAAUACAGGAAACAGCCCUCAACAUAGUAAUGGAGGCUUUUAUCCACUAAUUGGAUGGAAGAUUGGCCAAGAAGUUGUAUGUUUAGCUGAAGGCAAUGCAGGAGACACAGGCACCGCUAUAAUAUGGGCUCAAAACUUAGAUCUUUUCACAGAUGCUGCUGAGACUGAAAAAAUGGCCCUGAGUCUGGAAGAUUCUGAAGGGGUCUAUUUUGUUCCAUCAUUUAAUGGAUUACAGGCCCCAUUAAAUGAUCCCUGUGCGUGUGCCUCUUUUAUGGGAUUGAAACAUUCCACCAGUAAAUACCAUCUCGUCCGAGCAAUCCUGGAGUCAAUAGCUUUCAGGAACAAACAGUUAUACGACAUGAUGCAGAAGGAAAUCCGGAUCCCGGUCACGAAUAUCCGGGCAGACGGAGGAGUCUGUAACAACGGUUUUGUUAUGCAGAUGACUUCAGACUUGAUUAAUGAGAGGAUAGACAGACCAGCCCACUUCGACAUGUCCUGCUUGGGCGCGGCCACCCUGGCUGGCCUUGCUGUUGGAUUUUGGACUGACAAGGAAGAGCUGCAGAAGCUGCGGCAGAGCGAAAUGGUUUUCAAGCCCCAGAAGAAGUGGCAGGAAUAUGAAGUAAACAUGGAGAACUGGGUGAAAGCCGUGAAACGCUCCAUGAAUUGGUAUAACAAGACCUAACACUGAGGAGCUGACAAAAACCCCCACACGACAGGCUGAUGGAUGGACAGACAGAUGGAGGAGCUCAGGGAUGACCGACAGGACCCUGGCUGAGACGAGACCAUUCAAAACCAGCCUCACGAGGAGAGAAAAAGUGUUGCUCUUUUUAAAAACUCACCAAGAAAAUUUUCUUACUUUUUAAAUCCAAAUCUUAGUGACGUUUUAAGGCAGCAAUGAUACCUCAAAAUUGUGUCUUCUUUCUUCUAGCAACUUCCAAAGGACAUUUUCCACUCCCAACUGCAUUUUGAUAGUUAUGAGUCCUGCUCAUUUUUAUACAGGGUCAAUGGCACAUAGGUCAUAGUUACUCACCCUCAGAGAGCUAAUCGUUCUGGGUCAAGUACCAUCACACGUUGUUAAAAAUUAUGAAAAACUUUUCUUGUUUAAAAUCAAGUGGGCUAUUUGAAAUUCAUAUAGCUAAAAAAGGAAUAAUUGAGAAAACAAAACGUUUUUUGUAUAAAGCCAUAAUUUUUAAGUAACAUAUACAGAUCUGAGCUUUGUGCCACUCUGAAGUGAGCUCAGUGGUCAGCGCUUUCCUUCCUUGUGUGUAAAGACACUCCCUUAAUUCUUCCUGCGCAGCCUCUGUUAUUGUUACUAAGGUUUGGUGUCCCUGUGUAGCCUGAACUAGCUUGAAACUUCAGAUUCUCCUGCCUCAGCCUCUCAGGUCCUGGGAUUCUACGUGUGCACCAUUAUGCCUAGGUGAGCACUCAUCCAUGGAGGCACGGAUUUUAGUUAGUGGACUGAAAAGGCUGCUGCGCCUGGGAUGGUGACAAAUGUUUGUGAAUCCAGGACGUUAGAGGCUGAAGGCGGAGGAGCAUGAAGACGGAAGGGAGGAGCGUGAAGACAGAAGGGAGGAGCGUGAAGACGGAGGAGUGUGAGCUUGAAGCCUGUCCGGGCAAUGUGGGGAGUUCUAGGCAGUCUGGGGGACAUAGUGAGGCCCUGUCUUUUUAAAAAACAAAACAAAACAAAACCUUCCGUUUUAAUUUGUUUGAAGAAAGAUCUGCUGUCUAAUUCAUGCUGGUUUCUAACUCUUGAGCCUCCUGCCUUAGUCUCCAGAGUAACAUUCUAUUUUUAUAAAAUGCAGGUAGUUAAUGUACAUCUUUCUUUCUAGUUCUUUAUUUGUUGAAAUAUUGCAUAAAUGUCCCUUUUUAAAAAGUGCCUACUUGACAGAGUUUAAAUUAUUAAUAUUAGUUUUUGUUGUUGUCUUUUUUGUUUUUGUUUUUGUUUUGGAUUUUUCGAGACAGGGUUUCUCUGUGUAGCUUUGGAGCCUGUCCUGGAACUCACUGUGUAGACCAGGCUGGUCUCGAACUCAUAGAGAUUUACCUGCCUCUCUCUGCCUCCUGAGUGCUGGGAUUAAAGGUGUGCGCCACCACUGCCCGGCUUUUGUUUGUUUUCUAUUUUGUUUUGCAACUAGGUCUCAUUAUAUAACUCAGGCUGGCCUAAAACACCAGAUCCUCUUGACUCAGUCUCUAGAGGUGCUAGGAUUGUGGGAGUGUGCCAUACCUGGCAUCAGAGUUUACUGUAAGUGCUCUAGUUUAUUGGUAACUUAAGAAUUGCUUUCAUGGGCUAUUUAUUGAUGUAUCUUUUGCUGUUUGUCUGUCCUGCUCACCUCUGAGAGAUAGCUGAGGCUGGCUGACAAGGUGAUGGACCUUGUGUUUGAUAAUGAUUGCCGUUACGGUACCACUGAGCCAGUCCUCCCUAAUGAACCCUUGUUGCUGGAAACAGUGUCAAUGAACGUUGAGAGAAGCCUUGGGCUGGGUAUAAAAUUGUCAUGGGGCAGUUGACAGUGCUCCAGCCUCUUCUGUGUCCCUUGCCCCUCUCUCCACUGGGGAUUUGGAGUUUGAGAGUGAAUGAACUUGUUCCCAUCUUGGUCAAUAUCACAACCAUUAUAGAACUACCUACUACAUAAUUGUGUCACUAAAGGAGCAGCUGUUAGAAGGAAUGUUGCUGCUGCUAUCAUGUGUGCAUUUGGGAGUCAGUUAUACUAGAAUGAAUAGUUACAUUGUACUUCGUGCAAAUUGUUUCCCUGGGCUCGCAGUGUCUUCAAUUGUUUAAAAAAAGUUUCUUAAAGGAAACAUUGUAGCAAACACAUUGCAUCAUUAACUGCAUUAACAGUUCGAGAGCCAACAGGAUGGCUCAGCAGGUACAGGCGCUUGUCAGACAAGCUUGCCGACCUGAGUUCAGCCCCUGAACUUCCACCAUGCAAAGGUGGAAGAAGAAAACCGACUCCAGAGUGUUCUUAUGACCUCCACGUAUGCAUGGUGCUGUGCACACACACUCCGUAAUAACAAUAAAUAAAAACUCUAAAAAAGAUUUGGAAGUAGGUUUUGUUAGAAGUAUUUUUUGUUUACUGCAACAAAUCAGAUCGUAUGUAGAUAGCUUACUCUUUUUCUCCUACAACGUUUCUUACAUAACUUUGUGACCAGUGACAGGUUUUCCCAUCAAUCAUGUGAAAGCUGCUUUAUUUAAAUAUUUUAUAGGUUCUUCUGGUAGGUAUGAUUUCAUAGGAAGUAAUUCUGACCUUUUGUAUUAGGAUAGACUAAAUUGUGAUGUUAAUUGCUAAAGGUUUUUCAUUUCUUCCCUGUGCUCUUCCCACACAACUACAGAGAGAAGGAUAAAUAUCCUUUAGAUAAUGUGAAAGACAACUAAUAUCUCAUCCGAAUUGAGCUUCGCUUGAAAGAUCAGUUACUUUUUUUUUUUCUUCUGUGAAUCUAGAAGCUAUUCUUUUGCUUUUUGGCUUUCUGACCAUAUUUUAAUGACAGAACUUAAUGAUUCUUGUAAGAUUUAAGUAAAAACAGAAAUACUAGGUCAUUUGUGGCUGUAGAGACAGUUGUUAAUCAAAAACAAUUGAAGAACAUUGUCCCGUCAUCUGCUUUUGAAAGUGAAAUAUGCUAAUACUUCUUAGCAUAUUUUCUUUUCCCAUUGUAGACCUACCAUGCAUUUUAAGAGGUCUCCAGUCAACUCAAUAAGGACGGUGUAGCCCAUCUUAAAGCAGUACUAACUGCUUUAUACUCUGACUUUCUGAUCUUCAAAUCUCUAGUAUCCAUCUGUGAUUAUGGUUUCUCAAUGUCAGCAUUGAUCUUUGCUUUGUUUUUGUGACAAGGUCUUAACCAUAUAGCCCUGGCUAUCCUGGAACUCACCAUGUAGACCAGGCUGUCCCCACACUCAUAGAGCUCUGCCUGCUUGCCUCUGCCUCCUGAGUUCUGGGAUUAAAGGUGCAUGCCACCACACCUUGCAACACUGACAUUUUGAACUUCAUCUGUCUUUGCUUUGAGAUGCUACACUGGACACAUAUGCUUGGCAGUGUCCUUGGCCUCUGCUGUUGAACAUGGCUCCAAGUGCAUGUCAACAUGAGCCACCCUGGGAGGUAAAAAUCAUUGUCAGUUGAGAGCCACUGAUACGAGCCAUUAGAAGAAAACUGAAGAUUUGGUGACUGUAGUAACAUUUCCAGUGUUCUCUGCCCUGUUUUCUUGUAGGCAAUGAACUUUUAACAACAAUGGAAAAGUAGGGAGUAUCCUAAAAUACAGUUUCUGUUUUGCUGGGUAAUGAAGAAAAAGUUGUCUUCCCUUGUUUGUGUCCUCACCUCUGUAGUGGGACCAAACCUAGAGCCCUGAGCCUGACAGUCAACCCUUCGCUACCGACCUACACGCAGCCUAUACUUCUCCUCUAGUACUUACAAAAGUACCUCAGUCCUACUCCUGUGUGGCCAUAAUUAGUGGACAAAAGUACCUCAGUCCUACUCCUGUGUGGCCAUAAUUAGUGGACAUUUGGCCUCAUGGUGUGAGUGAUACAUUCUAGAUCAUCUAUGAUUUGAUCUCUCCUCACCCCUAUUUUUCCGACAGGAUCUUACUCUGUGGUGCAGGUUGACCUGGAACUCAUGGCAGUGUUCCUGCCUCAGCCUCCUGGGCGCUGGCAUUGCAGGCAGGAAUCCCCAAGCCUGGCUUUGCUCCACUUUCUUCUCUGACCAAGGAAAAGAUCACUGUUCCAAACCUUCACUAGAUAGGAUGCUUCCUGAAGCGGAAGCUAUGUUUGCUCUCCACUGCCACACCCCAACUUAACACUGUGCCUUCUUCUUUAUGGAUGGAUUCUUACUUUACGUUUCUCUUCGAUGUUACAUUUAUUGAUAAUAUCUUAUACUUGUUGGAAAGGAAGAUAUUUACAACUAGAGUCAUGAUGUUUAUUGUAAAAAAAAUCACAUCUGUGUAUUUUCAAAUAUUUUUAUAGAGAUAUGCAUCCGUAGUGGGUAUAGCAACUUUUUUGUUGCUGGUCUGGGAACUGACCCUGGAGCCUGGUGCAUGCUAAGCAUGCCCAGCUACUUUUAACUUUUUCAGGUGUAGUUGAAACUUUAAUUCACAGGUUUAUAUAUUUGACUGCAGAUAGUAACAUUGUAUUUUAAGAGUACCCAACAUUCUGGCGCUAUAGGAAGGAACCUCAGAAGUAGCAAAAUAUCCAUACUGGGGACCAGUUGUUUGGUUUGUUUUGGUUUUGGUUUUUUGGUGUUGUUCGGUUUGGUUUGUUUAUUUUUCGAGACAGGUUCUCACUAUGUAGCUCUGGCUGUCUGGGAACUCACUAUGUAGACCAGGCUAGCCUCAAAAUCCCUAGCACUGGGAUUAAAGGCGUGUGCCACCACCCGCCCGGCUCACUUGAACAAUUCUUAAUCCCUUUAGGAAAUUUAGAUUGUCCUUUUUAAAUAAGAAUAACAAGUCUCAGACACACCCUGAACUUUUAAGAGUCUCCUGUUAGGGAAUCGAAAGCCUGAAAGAGCCUUCAGAAUGGGAUGAUUCAGAACUUUUGUUAUUCUGUUCUCAAAGCCUUUCUGCACUUUGCAUUUUUUUUUCAUAUCUAGAUAACUAUUGGGAUUGCUUUUUAGCAAUCCCAAUAGUUAUCUAGAUUUUUAGGUUAGGAGGUAGCUUAUUUGGUAGAGCUCUGGUCUAGUGUGCACAGGGCCCUAGGUUUGAUCCCCAGUACUGUAAAAUGGAAAGAGAAGAAUAGAGUCUUUAUGCUGAGUGGCUGUCCCGUUUUAUGUUUCUGCCAUCAGUGUGAGAGCGAUCCGGUCUCUCCAUGUUCUCUCACCAGCAUUUGGUGAUGUUGAAUAUUAUUUCCUGUGCCUUUUGCCAUCUGCUCGCCAUCAUCUUUUAAAUCUCUGUUCAUAACUUUGUCCGUUUGCCAAUUGAAUUGUUUGCUAAAUGAGCUGUGUCUUUAAAAACUUUUAAAAAAGGAAGUCAGACUUCAGAAGCCAUUAAGUAGGAUUUUUCAGGUCUUUUAAGGCAAAAUGGUUACGGCAUCUUGAGCAACGUCUUAUGAUGUGCCUAGCAGAAGGGCUGUUACUUCUGUGCUUGUAGUGUGGGGCUCACACUGUGAAAAAAAAAACAAGGUUUCCAAGGCAACGUUAGCUGUCCUGUAGUGUGUCCCAGCACACACUUCGUGUAGAGCAUUCAUCAUGCUUCUAACUCUGUGAAAAACAGUAUGAUCUGUGUAAAGGUUCCGAAUGAUUUUGUGGAAAAUUAAUUAGGAAAGAUGAAUAAGUAUAGAUUUGAAUUCUUAUGUAUGUAUCAGUGUCAUGAUUUUAUUUCUCUGUUACUGCUAUGUAUGUCAGUUUUAUUAAGUAGUUAUUGAGACUGUCAUAAACCAUUUUAAAGAUCUUUAAUAAAAUUGAAGAUGAACACAGCAAUAGAAA